CUGACAAUCCUCCCAUAGCCCGCACUGGCAUGGACAUGAGGGUACAGCCCGGGGAGCCAGUGAUGCUGAGAGGCACAGAGAGCACGGAUGACCGAGGGAUAGUCAGCUAUCAAUGGAAACAGGUCCUCGGUGACCCUUCCGUGGAGAUGAAGAAGCACGGAGAAGAUCAGGUAGAAAUCUCCAACCUACAGGCGGGAACUUACGUCUUCCAGCUUACUGUCACGGACACUGCACAACAGCAAGACUUCACCAACAUCACCAUUAUGGUGCUGAAUUCUGAGCAGACUGAAGAACAUUGUUUGACUCCUAAGAAGGUGGGUUGGUGUCGGGGAUCUUUUCCACGUUGGUUUUACAACCCAAGCCUUCAGCAGUGUGAGGAGUUCAUUUUUGGCGGCUGCAAGCCCAACAAGAAUAACUACUUACGGGAAGAGGAGUGUCAACUCGCCUGCAAGAAUGUUAGAGGUUCUGUCGGUGGGAGACAACAGCCAGUGUGCAAUGGGAACUGUCAGUCCCCCUUCUUCAGAUGCAAGGACGGCUGCUGCAUUGAUGCCUAUCUGGAGUGUGAUGAAACUCUGGACUGUGCUGAUGGAUCCGACGAGAUGUAUUGUGAACAAUAUGCUCGUGAGUUCAAUAGACUGCAGAAAAUCAAUGUCACACAUAAGCAAGGUCACUGUGUGGACUUGCCUGAUACUGGACAGUGCAGCGAGAGCAUCCCCCGCUGGUACUAUAACCCAUUCUCUGAGAAAUGUGACCCCUUCACCUAUGGAGGCUGUGGUGGCAACAACAACAACUUUGAAGAAGAGGAAGAGUGCAUGAAAUCAUGUUCAGGCAUCACAAAAGCAGAUGCCAUUGGCCGGAGAUGGGAAUCAUUUGAGUCCCAAAGUGCUAUCUUAAGCGCCUUUGAGGUCGUGAUUGCUGUGCUCCUCGGGAUCUGCAUCAUGGUGGUCCUGGCGAUCAUUGGCUACUUCUUCCUGAAGAACAGGAAGAAGAACAGCCGCCGUCGUCAGCCGACCACUGCUACCAACUCAACCCUCUCCACCACAGAGGACACUGAACAUCUGUUUUACAGCACUGCCACCAAACCAGUCUGACCUACAGCCUCUCUCUCUCUCCAGCACAGCACUGGGGCACUCCCCAAAACGUCUGGAGUUCUGUUUUUAGACACGGGCCUGUGUCUGAAGGACUCUUCCUCUUCGAAGACAUUUGUAGCGUCAGGCCAAGAUCUAGCCAUGAUUUGGCAGUACUAGUGUUUGUGAUUGCCUUGGCUAGAUGGCUGCUCUGGAAGGCAAGGAUCUGGGAGCCUUUUGAUGCUCUCUGA